GCGGAUUUCUCCGGCCGCUCCGCCCCCUCUGCCCCGGGAAUGUCCCGGCCGGGUCCCCGCGGGGAUAAAAGCGGCUGCGGGGCGCUGCGGAGGCUCAGAGCUGAGCCAAGCCCAGAUCCCCAGCACCAGCCUCCGCCGCCAGCCCGGACCAUGAGCCGCCCCCGGAGCUUCGCCCCCGGCAGCCCCCUGCUGCUGCUGCUGCUGGCCUGCGACGCGCUGUGCCGGGGUGCCCCCAUGGCCGGCGAGCUGCGGUGCCAGUGCCUGCAGACCGAGACGGCGGUGAUCCACCCCAAGCGCAUCGCCAACGUGGAGCUGAUCCCCGAGGGGCCCCACUGCGGGGUGCCAGAAGUCAUAGCCACCACGAAACACGGCAAGAAAGUCUGUCUGGAGCCCACCGCGCGCUGGGUCAAAAUUGUCAUCAACAAGAUCCUGAACAGUCAAUCGACCAAGCUGUGAGGGGAGAAGAGAACAUGAACAAGGAACUACAACAGAAACUACGUCUGUGUACAAGGGGAAACCAGUGUGAGAGACAAUGGGAGCCCGAGGCUGGACAACUAGCCAUGAUGAACUCUCUUCUUUUGAAGGUCUGAUAGACCAGCCUGCGCUCCAUUCAACUUCCACGCGUUCCACUGAGUUAUUACAACCUGGGCUUAUUUAUAUAUUUAUUAAUUCAUCUCUGUAUCGCUCUUCAAUGGCUAGGUAGCUUUUUUGUUAAGCACCUUAGAUCUUCCGGAUCACCUGAAGGGAUAAUGCUGCAGUAGUGGUUCAAGAGUUGGCUUGUGAUUAAUCUAAUACACAAUCCAAAUAGCCCCUCCCCUCGGAUCCCCUGAGCAGCUCACGGUGGGAGUACUGUGGAGCUGUGCCUUUCACAUGGGGCAUGUGCACGAUGCCUGCUGGGUUGUGAAAUGUGUUGCCAAGGCGCAUGUCCCUGGGACACAGAAUCAUUUGCUUGGUUAGGUGACAGAGACUAGCAGCUGUUCUCCUUUCAUAGAAAAGCAAUCUUUAUAAAAAUGUGGCUUCCAGUCACUAGUUGUCGUUUCUGCGAACUCUUUAGGGCUCUGUUUUGACGUGUUAAAUUAUUUCUAUGCAAUUUAAAUAUUUGGUAUUUAUGCUGAAGGUUUAAGAACAGUAACGUUCUGAACACCCUUGGACAUUUUAUGUCUGCAUUGUAUGACAUACUGUCAUGGUCUGUGUACAAGUGGUAUUACAAAUUGUACUGGACUAAAACGCAGUAAUUGUAAGAAUGGCGGGAGUUGCACAUAAAAUAAAUAUUUUCUGAUUAAAAGUG